GGUUUGAAACUCACUCGCUACGAGACGGUUUCGCCAUCGCGGUAACCGUGCCAAUUCCGUCGCACUGUCGUAGUGCUCUCGCGUUCACGUACAACGCGUACCUUGUAGCUUAUAACCCGGGCGAGUUUAACGAAGGUAACGAAGCUUCAAAAAGGCAUCAACGUAUAUUCCCUCCCAAAAAGUUCCAAAUUUUAACAGGUGAAGUUAACGUUAACGCCUUCCCGCUGAGUGCCGUGUGCUGCGAAAAGUGAUUCUGUGUUGGUGACAGCAAACUGGUUUGUUUUCGUGGUUUAAAAUUGAAUAUUUUAUCACCCCGUUCGGAGGGUUGAUUUGCUUCUUCGCUGCAACAGCUUCACCUUCCCCGGUGUCCGGCGAUCGUGCACAAGCUUGUUGAUGGUGGUGUUGGUGGUGGUCGUCCAACCGGCUCCAAAUAAGGCGAAGCGCACAAUACAGCGCGACCACAAAAGGAUAAAGUCAUCUUAGCGGUGUCGGUCACACCUUCAAGCUGAUCCAGCCUCAUACAACAGACACGCAACCAUACUCAUGCGUCGAGUUAUGUUAGGAAUCUGAAGCCGUUCCGACGAUGUGUUAAGAAUCGGAGCACGGGGGACGUCUACACUACCGGAUCGAUAAUCCUUUCUUUGAAUUGGAAACGAUAAAUCAUCAUAUCGCGACACUUUACUGACACGAAUUUAAAUCGGAAAUUCCCUGCCAGCAUCAUCCCCGCUGCGGUGUGAUUUUUGUUGUUGGUGUUUUUGAAGACGAACAAACUCGAACCCCCUGGAGCUGCUCGAAACCGGGCGAAUUCCGAUGACGACAGCGAGAGUGUGCGACCUGCGAGAACCGUCCCGGUAAUGACGCCGAUGGUCAUGAGGAUGAUGAUGACGAUGAUGAUGCUGAUGGAGCGUUACGAUGAUGGUAAUGAAGCUGCAGAUCACGCUGACCAUAAUGAUGCUGCCCGGCCUGAAUAGGAAGAUCGUGUCGAGCGCAUAAUUUCCCCCGAAGGAUCGAUCGUGCUGUGUGUUAUAACAACAAAAAAGCGAAGACGCCAAGUGUGUGUGUAUGUGUGUUUUUUGUUGUACAUGCUUAAUCACCCUUUACUCUAGACGACUUUGUUGCGUAGUUAGGUGGUAGCAAAGGUUGAGUGUGAGUGAAGAAGAGGCCAAAGCUCAUCAAGCAACCGAGGGAAAAGUGAACAGCAAAAGCGAUCCAAACGAAUUCGGACGGUUAUUGGGUCAAAUUUGAGCGGUCUUCAGAGUUUCCCGAUGUGCCAGUACUUAGUGUUUUGAGGCAGACACGUGUGUGUGAGUCUUUAUUACAACAUCCAGUGUAUUUCGAGGGGAUCCUAAACGAACAGCGACCUCUGUGUGUGUGUGUGUGCCUGUGUGUAAUCUUAAGAAGUGGCCUCUUAGCAUUAAGCGGUAUAGUCUAGCUUACCAAACCGACUACGGCUGGGACUUUAGUACGUCAAAAUGUUGAAAAACAUUCACGAACGGACUGUGAAGAAGGUAAAGGGUAACCACUAUGUGGCAACGCACGGCCGUGAUACGGUGGAUCUACCGUACGCACAGGCCAACCGAGGAUACUCCACCGAUGGGGAGGACAGCCAACGGGCACCAUCGGAGCGAACCCUGUCCGAGUACACGGUAGCGAACGAGCGGGCCACACCACCAACCGCGCCGGCCCGGAAGUCCCGCUCGGAACACAAGUACCAGAACAACAGCACCAACGGAGGCCCACGGCCCCUAUCUAGUCCACCGACGCGUGCCCCACCGCGGGCACCGUCCGCGCUCAGCUACGACCAUGGCGGUGAAACUGGCAGCGACAUCUACGUCACAUCCGCGGCCUAUAAGGCACCGUCGGAAAUAAGUCGUUACAGUGCCCACCGGACGCAUCAAUCCCGCGGACCACGGAGCGUGUACAGUGUGGCCAGCACGGCAAAGACGGGCCGCAGCUCACGGCGUCACGGUGCCAAGGUGGAAGCCAUGUCCGCACCGAACCCAUUCUGUCCGAACGUGAAGGGUGUCUGCUGUCUGAUGCUACUGCUCAACCUGGGUCUAAUACUGAUUACGCUCGGAUUCGUCAUUGUGAUGCAGUUUAUGGAGCCAUUGUUUGUUUGGAUCCUUGGUGUGGUAUUCUUGAUCUUCGGCUUCGGAACACUGAUCGGCAGCAUGAUCUACUGUGUAAUCGUGUGUCGGGACGCUAAGACGCCUUCCCAGCUGAAGAACGAGGAUCUGUACUGGACCAAGCAUUGGCAGAAGAGCAUCGGCUACACGCCGCAGGAGAUUGACUAUAAGACGGACCGGUUCGAUGAGCGCGAUCGGUACUCGGAUCGGUUUUCGGUUAGCAAAAUGAGUGGCAAAUACUCCGAUCGUGACAUUACGCGCUACUGAAGCUGAAAAGGAAAGGGAUUUUAUUCUAAAGAGAGAGAGAGAGAGUGCGUUCUCUGUUUUAUAAUCGUGAAAGGAUUUUUAAUGCACAAGAAGAAUUCAAUUAAUCUAAGGAAGACAGACAAGGGGAAUUAAUGAAGAAACAGAAAAAGCUAACACUGUAAACCAACCAACCACCAACCACCACGUAUCCUUUCACAUUUCCUACCCCUAAACUCAAGUUACUAACCAUUUAAAUUAAAUGAUUUCGCUAAAGAUGUAGCGCAAGAAAGUAAUAUGUGCCUUCACGGUUGAAUUGUUUCAUGGAGAAGAAAGUAGAAACAGUUGAAAAGGAAAAAAGGCGUCAACAUAACUUUAAUUAGUUAUAGGGAUUAUUCUUUUAAAAACCACGAGCAACCUAGAAGCAAUAAUUGUAACCUGAUUAGAGCGGCAUACACUGCUGCAGACAGCAUCGAAGUAAUAAUCGAUUAAUAACGAUAAGCAAAGGCAAUAGGAAGAAAACAAGUUCCCUGAAAUGUCCUCACCCCAUUCCCGAUGGAGAAAAAUCACCCCCGAAAGUGUAAAUAAUCCCGCUACCUAACUUAAUUGUAAUAAAGCGAAUGAAUGUUUUUAAUAUUACACACGUACGAGGAGAGCGCAUUUGGGCAUGGCUUUUUCAACGUUUUAUUUGCUUCCGCCACAUUUAGGUAGGUAUGUGUAGACGUACAAAAUCUACGCGAUCCAUUUCAAAUGGAGUUAAGGGGGGGGCUCCUUUCGAUGAGUUAAGUUCGCUUUGAAGCAUGGCGUUUGCUUUCUGCCGUUAAUGUAUUACCGAUAAACGAACGUUAAUGGGUUUUUUGAAACGCCUGAAAGUAUGCAAUAAACUGUUUGAAUCUAAGCAGCGCCAUGGGACGAUUUUAGAGCGUAUUAGCUCUCUUCUCAAGCGCUAUGUAAAGCUAUUUAGCUCAGAGAUUUUUGUCGUCUGCAGGAGUCUACACAACUUUUCUUAGUUGAGAUCUAUCAUCUAACGAUCGCUUAUCUCGACCUUUAUUAUUAACGGAUCGCCGUUAAUACAUCUUCGCUAUUUGGGCCGUUUUCAUCUGACAAGGUCAUUUAAAAUUGUUAAGAAUUUGUAAGCAAAAGUCAUGAGAGCUUUCCUUGCAUGUCAUUAUGUGAUGUUAGUUUUUAUCGUGCUAAAAAAUCUCUUGGUCCAUGUUUUAAUUAGGAUCUUAUCAAGUUGUAUAAGAUCGCUUCGCUGUCCCAAACUUGAGUACCUAUUUGGCGGAUUUCAGGGUCUGGUGCUACUAUCUUCACCAUCGAUCAACUUGGUUCUCAUUCCAUUGCUACUUGAAGUAUUUUAAAGCGAGUCCAUUGCAUACUUUCAGGCGGACAAAACCCAGUCGAUGAACCUUAAACAAUCUUCAUUUUUUCGUUCCAUUCCAUACAACUAGAAAGGUAAUUUAAUUAUAAUACGUGGCUUAAAUUCCAGUUUCUUUAUGGCGCAUAGUUGAUUGAGUUGGUAAAGAGAAAAUAAAGAGUUUUCUUCCUGUAUCAGAUAAAGCUGCUAUCUUUCACCCCGCCCAACUAAUAACAUUCCUUUGUACGUUCAUUUACGUUUCAGCACCAACAAAGUUUCCAUUUCCUUGAAAUCAUUUUCCUGCUUCCAACUACCCUACUCAAACUCUGGGCUAAACUCUUUUCAUCUAUCUAACUGAUUGCUCCGUACACUAUCAUUCCAAAUGCAGCAUUAUCUAUUGGAAGGUGGAAAAGGAGGAGAUUGAUAUUGUUCCACCUAAUGAGUGCUACUACUUCUGUAGGAACUCACGCAGGACACGCACACGCUUAGCGAGAUAAAAAAA